AUGAUCGAGACUCCCACUGCCGCUAUCACGAUUGAGACCCCCGCCGAACACGAUGAACCCGACUCGCCGCUCUCGAAGGGCGAGGCUGAGAAGGAAAACCUGCUCGACGCCGAACAACCCGUCAUCGAAGUCGUCCACAUCCAACCUAUCACUAGGAGCAUCAUCACAACUAUGCGCCACCUGACCGCUCAAGCUGGUUUCAGAUCUCGCUGGAGGGGCCUUGGCGGCGCCAUUAUCUACGGCACGGCCUUCCACUUCCUCUCGAACCUCGUUUUCGCUGUUGUACCCACGAUCCCCGGCCGCUUCCUCGGCGAGAUCGCCGCGACCAUGAUCCUCGCGCGCCACCACAUGGCCUGGACGCACGCCAUGAUCAGCACGCCGUCCUCGAAGCCGUACCUCUCGCGCGUCCUCCCUCGCUCCACCUGGAAGGCUGUUGCUUUCCCCGCAGCCGCCUGCUUCAUCGUCACCGACCUCGCUCUCUUUGUCGCCGCUGGCUUCACGCACAUCAUCUUCUUCCAGGUCGAUAUCCCCAACGUCGAGCGCGGCUCCGGGACUGAUAUCGCGAUUUGGGCCAUCAAGAUCAUUGCCGCCAUUACUGUUGGCGUCUGCGCAGUCCUCUUCGUCGCUAUCCCUGCCCAUGUUACUUUGACCCGCAUCGAGGCGUCCCUGUUGCCUGAGGAGGAGGACACCAUUGUGCCAUUCGACCGCUCAUUUGGCGGGAGGGUCGUCCCGGCUGUCAUUGGCGGCACUGGCGCGAUCGGCUUCCUUGAGGCAUGGAAGACAUUCAACUGGGAGGCCAGGCGUAGGGUUGUGAAGCUCUACAUCAAGAUCUUCUUCGUCACUUGCGCGAUCUUAUUUGUCGGGGCACAUGUUGUUGCGGCUGUGGCUUAUGCGGCUAUCGGCCCGGAGGUGUUGAGGACGGGCUUUGCGCAGGUGCACGCCAUGAGGGGUUGA